ACAUUAUAUUAUUAUGUGUUGUCUGCAGUUUGCAUAGUUGAGAUUAGAGCAUGUCUUCCUCCUCCUCCCAAGUCCCUUCUCAGUUUAUAUAUAGCACUCCACUAUCCCACCCCUCUCUCCACCUCCUCUCCUGCCUCUCAUUAAUCAUUUCUUAUUCUUUUCCUUCUCAAUCACUACUGCCGCUGCUGCUACGCAUUUCUCUCUACCUAUUAAUCUUCAUUUUGCUCCGACAAUGGCCUCCGCCGCACUCUCUUCUACUACACCGCCCAUGCUGCACCAGAUCCAUCAUUCCAACAUGGACGUUGACAAACUCACCAACCAAAUCUUCUCCAUUCUUGAAAAUAAGUUUCUCUUCGGUUACCAAGAUCACCAUCACUCCCUCAAUAACCACCCAUUAUCCUCCCCCGCCAAAGUUAGAAUUCUCAGCAUUGAUGCCGCCCCCUCCACCCAUGCCCUCCUCGCCGCCAAAACUUUGCUCCAUUUCCAAUCCAUUCUCAGGCGUAAAUCCGGCAACCCUAACGCCCAAAUUGCUGAUUUCUUCGACGUCGUCACUGGAGCCGGCGCCGGAGGGGUCCUCGCUGCAUUGCUCUUCACUCGGGGCAAAAACGGUUCCCCCAUGUUCUCCGCCGACGACUCUCUCAAAUUCAUGGUCGAUAACUGCCGCCAGUUGACUCAUUAUUCACCUUCCCGACUUUUCAGGCGACCCUCCAAGGCGGAUAAGGUGCUCAAAAAACUGUUUGGGGAUUUGACGCUGAAAGACACUCUAAAACCGGUUUUGAUCCCGUGUUACGAUCUGAGGACCGGUGCGCCAUUUCUGUUUUCGCGGGCUGACGCUUUGGAAAUGGAGGGUUGCGAUUUCAGGAUGGCGGGAGUAUGUAGGGCCACGGUAGCUGAUCGAGCUAUGGAGCUGAAGUCAACCGACGGGACAAAGAAGAUCCUGGCGGUGGGUGCUGGGGGGGGGAUGAGCAAUCCGACAGCCGCUGCAAUCACCCACGUGCUGAAUAACAAGCAAGAAUUCCCACUUUGUAGAGGAGUGGAAGAUUUGUUGGUGUUGUCACUAGGAAAUUACGGGGAAUCUCACUCUCAUUCCGUAGCCCCCAAUCGCGCAAUGUCAUCGCCGGCGUCAUUCCUUAAAAUUGCUGCAGAUGGAGCUGCCGACAUGGUUGAUCAAGCAGUAUCGAUGGCAUUUGGUGAAUGGAGAAGGACUAACUACGUUCGUGUUCAGGGAAAUGGAAGAGUAGGGGGCGGGGAGGAAAAGAGAAGGAUGUUGAGAAUAGUGGAGGUGGAUGAAAUUUUAGGAGAGAAGAAUGUGGAAUCUAUAUUAUUUAAAGGAAAGAAAAUGGUGGAGUUCACAAAUAUGGAGAAAGUGGAGAUGUUUGCAGGAGAGGUAAUCAAAGAGCAAGAGAGAAGAAACAACAGCCCUUUCCCGACUGUUGUGUUGAAGCAGCACUCAACUAAUAUCUAUUCCAUUUCCCCAAGAAGAUCUUCCUCUGCCACUACUCUAUCCACUCUUUCUUCCUAUUAAUAAUCAUUAUACAACUUAUUCUGGUAUAUAUAUCAAUACAUUGCUGAUGCUGCCAGUAUAUUUAUGGUGAAUGUUAUAUAUGACUGGUAUUGUUUUUUUUUUUUUUUUUUUUUUUCUUUGAGAGUGAGAGAUACAUUUAGGGAGACAGAGAAAGAAAGAGAGAGAGAGAGAGAAGGAUAUAUAACUGGCUGCCACUCGGCAUGGCUGAAUGUUACACAUCCGAGUUUGUGCAGAGCUCUUAUGACACUUGUUUCUUUUAUCUUUGUUUAAUUCCUCUUGUUUUUUGGGCGGUUUUA